GCGUGUGCGGAAAAUAUAUAGAAUUGAUGCAGUGGUUGCUACACACCGGCAGCAGCACCAUGAAAUACGCAGUGCAUCUGUUGCUUCUGACGGUGGUGCUGGCGGUGGCUUUUAGUAGCCCUGCAACUAAGCCAAAAGAAAACAAGCAAGCUGCAGCAAAAAAAGCAGCAAACUCGGGCAAGAACGUUCACAAAGCCGGGAAUACUAAAAAGGCCCAAAAGGCGAAGGGAAAGAAGUCCCAAAGUUGGAGCUAUAAUGAAAACGACGAUGACUCAUAUCCCGAUUCUUACAAAGAUGAUUCUGACAAUGAAUAUGGAAGCGAUUCCUCAGGAUCUGGUUCUUGGGGUGACGAGGGGCCGAGCAAAAGAUUUGGAAUGGAGAGUUUCUAUAACGACGAUUAUGAAUAUGAUUAUGAUUCGGACUAUGAUGACCUCUGCGUUUCCCGGGGCUCACCAUUUAUUAUGAUGAUGUUUUUUGCACCUCCCCCUGGAUUCUUUGGUGGAGGACCAAGUAGGAUGGGGUAUGGUCCGAUGGAUGGUGUCUUUAUGGGAGGUAUGAGAGGGAUGGGUGGAAUGGGGAUGGGGGGAAUGGGAGGGAUGCGUGGAAUGGGGAUGGGGGGAAUGGGAGGGAUGGGAGGAAUGGGACGUUUUCCUCCACCACCUCCACCUUGGGAAGAAGACCCUGGCUAUGGUGAAUACGGGGGCAUCGAAUAUUCACCUGACAAGCGAAUCAACAGCGGAAAAAUCCCGUCGACUGGAAACAAAAACGCCAAAGAUUUGCCAGCAAAGCAAAAGGCCGCAGCCUCUAAUAAGAAAGGCAAACCAGCUCCAAUCACUACAACCACGAAGGCAGCCGUAAAUAAGCGACCAAAUAAAAACAACAACAUUAAGAAAACUGUGGGUUAA